AUGUUUCAAUUUUUUGGUCUUCUCCUUCUCUCUUUGGCUCUUCCAAUCAAUGCUUUCCCUUCAAUGACGUUUGAUAGAAGAUUGAUAGCAGAUUUCCGAGAAACUUUUUUCGAUUUCGAAGGGGAAAUCAAGUGUGAUUUGGCAAAGAAAGGACAUCCAUACGUGGCUCUUAUUAAACUUUGGGAAGAUGAUUCAUAUUUAUCCGAUAAACUUGGAGAUGAUGAGUUGAAACAAGUGUAUGAAUUGGAUAGAGACGCUUUCCCAAAUACUUAUACUAUCUUCGCUCGUGAGCAGGGAGAUGGAUGGGAUCCAGGGAUGGAAUACGAGCUUUAUCUGAGUGUCCAACACAACUGUACCCCAAACCGCCAGACGAUUGUUACGGAUAUUCCGAUCACGUCACAAAAGUUUGAAAUCAAGAACAAAACCUAUCAUGUCACCCAGAAUAUCGAUUUGACUCCUGGCUCCGCCGACCGCCGAAGCGCCGAAAAACGGCUUCGCAGACGUAGAAGAGAUGUCAAUAAAAGAAGACAUUAA